CGCCAAUUAGUCUGUAGCUACGGAAAUGCGUAGAUGUUAAGACUCUCAUCUCAUUUAGUUUUAGUCAGAAAAUGUACAACUCAUCAUUAAGACAUUAAUAUGGAUCGUGUUAAUUUUGUUGUUGCCGUGGCAUUCCUGGCUUCAACAGUAGUUGGUCACCCGACACCACACGUUUUAUCGUCAUGCCCAAAUGGCUGGAUAGCGUACGAGGGGUCCUGCUACCUUUUCAACAACAAGGAUAACAUGUCCUUCGUGGCCGCUGAGGAGUUCUGCACACAGAAUGGUGGACAUGUUGUCCAUAUUGAUGACGAGGCGGAGAACAACUUUAUCAAGGAUCAGGCCAGACAGUACACGCAUACUUCAACCAAGCUUUUGUGGAUUGGAAUAAAAGACAUGGUAGAGGGAGAAUGGAGAUACACGUCCGAUGACUCACUCGUUACUUUCUUUGACUGGGAUCCAAGCCAGCCAAAUGAUGGCUCGUAUGCUGAAUGUGUAGUGCUAUGGGCAGACCAAGAUUACAAAUGGGGUGAUCAUCCUUGUGUUCAUGUUGGCUCAUACAGUGUAUACGCCCUUUGUGAAGCUAAAUAUAUGAAGAGCUACAUGCUGCAGUAAACAGGGGAGAUCUUCUCAAACAACCGAACGUUAUUUGAAACUAAGAUAUAUUUUAGUAUAUAUUUAUCUUGACUAUUUGGUAAUAUUUGUGCUCAUUUAGAUGAAAAAUAAACAUGAGCCAUGUUUGUGCAAAGGACAAUUGCCAUCUUAAUGUUAGUCUUGUUGUCAUUGAUAAUUGAGAAUAACACAUGGGAUCACUAUUUUAUAAUUAUAUACAGUUGUUUUAGAGAAAACUGUACCAUCAAAAAGUUGUUUUCACUACUUUUAAAUUAAAAUGAUUAAAAGUGUGUUCUGUACUCAAAUUGCUUCUAAAAAGCAAAUAUUUAAAAAGGUUGCCAUGGUUAGAAAUAAAAUUUUAUAUAAGGGUUUGUGUUUCCUCACUGUUGUCAUGACUAACCCUACAUAUAUAUUUAAACAUUUAACAUGCUUUGUGAUAUUAUGUUUAAGAUACAAUAUUUUUUUAAGAUCAGUCAAAAACCAAAGCGAAACAUUAAUGAUCAAGCUCUUUGAUAGCAUCUUAAAUCAUGAGAUGUUUUUAAAUGAUUUUGUUUCAAAACUAUCAAGAUAAUGUGUUGCGGUUGUUAAUUUCAAGAUUCAUUUUAACCACAAAAUAUAAUGAUAAAACUACAUUGCAACUGAAGAAAUUUGUUUAAUUGCACCUGCACAAUAUAUAUUACUGCCAUUAUUGAUAUUAGAUUAAUAUAGACUUGUUUUAACUAUUUUUCUGCUUUUGAUUCAGCUUAACUUAAAACUAAAUAUUUAGCAUGAAACCUGUUUGUUUCUUUUUAAUUGGCUUUAUAAAAAAUCUAUAACUAUGGGGGUUUAUUUCUUUCACGGAAUCUUUUGGAAUACUCAAAUAUAGCCGCCUUUUUGAUAACAGGUCUAAGAUUUUAUAUUUUUUAACAUCCUACGCCGAUUGAAAUAUCAGCAUUGUUUGAUACUGACUGGGGCUCAUCUGGAAAUUUCGCCUUCUCAAUGGGCACCAAUGGAUCUGUAGAAAUAAAGUGAAAGUACAGAAUAAUACACGUGUGAUCUAUUCAAUAAAUUGCCAAUGUUAUAUUAUGAAAAUAAAAUAUCUUAAAUUCGC